AUGGAUUCACAACUCAGCCGCGACCAAAUAGUAAUCGACAUCUUGCAUAACCAUGCAGUCCGUCAAUACAACCGAUAUUUGGAGACACGCGAGCUUGAAGUUUUGCAGACUGCCAUCCAAGCGGCUCGCGUGUCUGCCAACCUGAUACCUCCUCUGAGGAGCCACCCCCGGAGGACAGACAUCCUGAGGACAUACCACAAGCUGCUCUGUGAGCACCUCGAGCAAACGUCCAACCGGAUGGAUAUGGCCGACGCCCUGUUGACCAUAGACCGGGCUUUGGCCUUCCUCCCUGACGACGACCCUUACGCAACCGAGGCCAUGAACUUGAUGGUCAGUAUUUACCAAGUUCGUCCUCCCCAAAGCCGGCAGCCAGAAGACGCCCGGGCUGAAGAUGUGCACGAAAGAGACGGCAGAAGGACGCAGAUUCUCCUCUUCGUGGCCGACCUAUUCCUGGGUUAUUUUGAGAAACAUGGACUCGACGACGACCUGGAGCAGGGCUGCCAGCUCCUGCGGAGGGCCUUGGAGCGCGCCCCCAACGACACGCCGAGACUGUUCUUUUGGUAUGGCAAGCUGGGCUAUUAUCUCCAAAAUGUUUACGACCAGAACCAAGAUGCGGACCUCCUCACCGAGUCCAUAGAGAUCUGCCGGCGGGGACUUGCCGUGGUCCCGGACGGCGACGGUGCGUCCCGGGCUGCUCUGCUGGAAACGCAGGCCAACGCGCUACAGAAGCGAGCAAAACGGAACAGCAGGAUCGAGGACUUGGAUGCCGCUAUCGGCCUCUCGUUCGACGCAGUCGCCGUGACACCCGACUCGCCCAAAAAGAACCAGUACUUGACCAAUCUGGGGUGCCGACUCGAGGACCGCUUUGAUCGGCUGAACAGAGUCGAGGACCUACGGGACGCCAUCCGAGUCUCCAGGUCUGCUUUGCCAACUCCCUCGGGCCAUGCCCCUGCCGACUUGCUCACAAACGGCAUCAAGCACAACAUUGGUGUCAAACUUUUGAAACUCUACAACGUCGACAAACAAGACGCCACGUUUGACCAGGCCUUCUCACUGCUCCGCGAAGCCGUCGAGACGAUGCAACCUCCAGGUGAUGCGCCCGCUCUCUGGCUCAACAGCCUCGCCUCUGCGUACCGCUCUCGCUACUGGCGGAACAGAGAAGAGAACCUGGACUACCUGAACACGGCAAUCGACCGCCAGGCAGAAGCAAUGGAACGGCUGUCACGGAAGAGCCCAAGCUGGCCGGGUUAUGCGAGGAACAUGGCCUGGCUGUUGCGAGAGCGUGCAGAGCGGACCCGUAACCAGGGCGACCUCCGGGAGGCGCUCUCCUUUGACCGGUCCGUUCCCUUGUACCUGGAAUCCCUGGACGACCCGCUCGGCGAACCCAUGAGCCGCAUGGUGGCCGCCGUGCAGCUGAUGGCCAUCUUCCGGGAACGCGGCGAAUACGCCCGGGCAGUCGAGAUAGGCGAGCAGGUGCUAGACAUCCUCCGCAGAACCAACACCCGCCUGUUGAGCAGGGAGGACCAGCAACGUCUGACGGCCGACUUCUCCGACAUCGCCGUCGAGACUUGCGCCUUGUCCAUCCGGGCGGGUGAGAGCCCGGCCCGGGCCCUGGAGCUGCUCGAGCUGGGUCGGGGCCUCAUCCUGGGGCUGUUGAUCGAGGACAGGAGCGACGUCUCGGGCCUUGCGGCAACUCGCCCGGAACACGCAGCCCGCUAUGGAAGACUCCGGGACGUGAUCAGCCGGCCGGUCGACACGGGAGUGGAUGAUGUAGCAUUGCGGCAAGCCAUGGUUCGCCAGCGAGACAGCCAAGUCAGGGAGCUCGAUGGGCUGAUAUCGGAAAUCCGCCAGCUGACCGGCCAGAAAAGCUUCCUCCAGGGCCCGACCGCGGAAGAGGUCAAGUCGCUUGCUGCCAGUGGCCCAAUCGUCGUGGUCAACGUCGCCGACGAGAGAAGCGAUGCCAUCCUGGUGACCGCAUCGACCAUCCGGCUCGUCCACCUCCCAAAGCUGCGGAAGGGGGAAGUCCAAGCUUGGCUGGACAAGAAGCCGACGCGAUUCGAUACGAGGAGCGAAUUCGGCAAGAAGAACCGGAUGUGCCGCGAGUACCUGGCCUGGCUGUGGACCGCCUGCGCGGAACCGAUCCUGCGCGCUCUCCAUCUCCUGGAUAACCCCCCGCCCAUCGAACCAACCCGGGUCUGGUGGAUCGGCGCCGGACUCGGCGCCUUCCUCCCCUUCCACGCGGCAGGCGACCACCGCCCAUCCUCCGUCGCCAACGCCUACACCUACACCAUCAGCUCCUACACUCCGACUACCCGCGCCCUCGCCUACGCCCAACAACGUGCCUCCUUCCUCCGCAACCUCCCCCCGACGACGACGACGACGACCACCACCACCACCACCACCACCACCAAACCCUCCCUCCUCGUCGCCCUCAUGCCUACCACCCCACCCACCAACAAGGACAAACGCAACCCCCCACUCCCCACCACCGCCACCGAACUCGCCCGCAUCACCACCGCCUUCGCCCCCUCCCACGCCGUCGUCCCCCUCCGCCACCCCAGCACCGAAACCGUUCUCGCCAAUCUCCCCCACUGCGAAAUAGCCCACUUCGCCUGCCACGGCGUCUCCGACCGCUCCAACCCCUCCGAAAGCCACCUCAUCCUCCAACACCAACCCCCGCCUUCCGAACGAGACCCCUCCCCGGUCGCGGUGGCCGAUCUGCUCACGAUAGCAUGCCUCUCGGCGUGCUCGACGGCCGAGAGCAGGGCGAAAAGGCUGGUGGACGAGGUGAUCCACCUCGCGUCCGGGUUUCAGGUCGCCGGGUUUCCGCACGUCGUGGCGACCAUGUGGCCGGCCGAGCUGGAGGCGUCGGUGGAGGUUGCGGGGAGGUUUUAUAACCGGCUGGCGGAGGCGGUGGUGGUCGAUGACGGGGUCGUGGCGGCUGUGUUAAGGGAGGCGGUGAUGGAUGCGAGGGAGAAGUGGCCGUUGCAGCCGUUGAGGUGGGCUGGGUAUGUCCAUUUUGGGGUGUGA